AUGGAGGAAAGUCACGGUGUCCCGGACGCUGCUUUGGAGCAGAAAAUAUCCAAUUCCUAUCGGGAGAACCUCCCGCUGGUCGUUUCGGAGGAAGAGGCAUUGUCGCAUGCCAGAGCGCGUCCUAACGAAGCCCUGCCCCUGUUGCUCACGUUCGGAGAUGGCGACCCUGACAAUCCGCGAGCUUGGUCGAAGGUGCGGAAAUGGUAUAUCACUUUGUUCGUUAGCAUGCUGAACGUGGUCACAUGUUGGUGUGCCGGGAGUAUCUCGUCCGGCGCCCCUGCCAUUGCCUCGGAAUUCGGCGUCUCGUCAGAAGUCACCACGCUGUGUCUUUCGCUAUACGUACUCGGAUAUGCAGUUGGUCCUGUACUGCUGGCUCCUCUAUCGGAAUACUUCGGUCGGCAACCCGUCUACGUUGUGUCUUGGUUCCUGCUGUGCCUCUUCCAGAUGCCCAUCGCCCUGGCCCCGAAUAUCGGCACCGUUCUUGUCUGUCGCUUUCUGGCCGGACUCGCAGGUGGUGCGCCUCUGACCAAUACCGGUGGAUCGAUUAGCGAUCUGUGGGAGCGGAAUUCCAGUGGUGGCCCGAUGGCAGUCUACGGACUGAGCAGCACCUUUGGUCCGCCCACCGCGCUGAUUAUGAGUGGUUAUAUCGGUCGCAAUGCGGGUUGGCGAUGGAUAUUCUGGACGUUGAUGGCCAUCACUGGUGGGUUCUGGAUCUUGCUGGUGGUGACGGUGCCGGAAACGCGACACACAAUCAUCCUGCAGCGCAAGACGCGGCGAGUGUCCAAGAAGAUGCGCAAGGAGAACCUGAAAUCUGCAGAAUCAGUCAAUGACGCGGCCGCGGGUGGUCGCAAGGGCUUACACGAGCUCUUUGCCAUCACUCUUACUCGUCCAUUCCGGUUCCUGUUCUCCGAGCCCAUCACGCUCUUUUCUGCCCUGUACAAUGGCUUCCUCUACGGCCUCGUCUACCUUUUCAACGAAGCCUUCCCGCUUGUCUUUGGCGAUGGCCACGGCUUUGAUGUCGGCCAGCAAGGUUUGUCCUUCCUCGGCAUGGCCAUCGGCCCCAUCAUCGCCUUCUGCUUCUACCCCCUCCAAGAGCGGUACUACCUGCGCCGCGUCGCCGAGAACGGCGGUCGCGGUGUCCCCGAGGCGCGCAUGUGGAUGGCACGUCUUGGUGCUAUCUUCAUCCCUGCCAGUCUCUUCUGGUUCGGCUGGACCAGUUACCCUUCGGUUCACUGGGUCGUUCCCAUCGUGGCGUCCUCGUUCUUCGGCGCAGGAAUUUACAUUGUUAUCCUGAGUAUUCUCAACUACGUCGUGGAUAGCUACCAGACGUAUUCCGCCUCUGCGCUGGCCGGUGUGAUUCUGGCACGGAAUCUGGUCGGUGCCGGAUUUCCCUUGUUCGCCACUCAGAUGUAUAACCGGCUAGGAUGGGAAUGGGCGUCUAGUCUGUUGGGAUUCCUGGCCAUUUUGCUUGUACCGAUUCCAUUUAUCUUUUUCUAUAUGGGUCGGGCGAUUAGAUUGAGAAGUCCUUGGGCUAGAGAGCAUUUCGAUCAGGAUGAAGAUCACCCUCAUUAG